CUUAGCUUACUCGUCACCUCCAUUCAAAGUUUUUGCCAAUCAAUUCUCUCUCUUUCUUCUUAUCCUUUCAUAUUUCAUAUCAUCAUCUUCUUGCUUUAGAAACUAAAAUGGGUGUCUCUACCUUUACUGAAGAUAUCAAGAGCCCAAUCGCUCCGGCUAGGAUCUUCAAGGCUGGGGUCCUUGAUGCACGCAACUUACUUCCCAAACUCCUUCCGGACAAGAUCAAGAGCAUUGAAGUUCAAGGAAGUGGUGGGCCCGGAACCAUUGAACAGAUCAACUUAGCUGAAGGCAGCCAUAGCAAAUGUGUAAAGCACCAGAUCGAUGAAAUUGACAAGGAAAAUUUCAUAUGCAAGCAUACUGUGACUGAAGGUGUUGUAAUCGGAGACAAGAUCAAAAAAAUUGUUGAAACAGCUAAAUUUGAGGCCUCCCCAGAUGGGGGAUCCAUUUGUAAGACAACUUCUGAGUACCACACGGUUGAUGACUACAAGGUUACAGAAGAAGAACGCAAGACUGCCAGGGAUAUGGCAAGACGGGUCUACAAGGUUGUGGAAGCUUACCUCUUGGAGAACCCAAAUGCCUAUGCUUAGGAUUCUCUUUCUAUAGCUCUAUAUGGGGUAAAUGGAGCUAUUUUCAGACAAUAAUAAAGAAGUCCUCUAUUUAGGUUGUGCUUUUUCUAUAGCUCUAUAAGGGGUAAACAAAGUAAAUAUCAGAGCUAUUUUUAAAUAAUAAUAAAGAAGUUUUCUACUU